AAUUCCCACACCAGAAGAUCACACACCAAACACCGAGAAAAACAAAGCGAACAAUCAUGGAGGAGGAAACAAUAGCGCACCUCCCUGAGGAAUUAGUAAAGGAAUGGAAACGGCUACAAGGGGUCUCAGGUUCCUUCAAGGGACCGCCGAAAGACGAGGCUGACAUGCAACAGCGAAAAGAUCACAAGGCAACAGUGAAGCAGUUCCUAGCCGGCCUCACCGUGGAACAGCGCAACGUGCUUAUCCCGCCCAAGAAAAAGGCCAACGACGCUGCAAAGAAUGAUAAACAUAACAAAGCCCCACUUCAGCAUAUUCUAGAGCCAAAAGAAAGCCCCGUGAAUUUGGGAUGGGGCGAAUGUGCGAAGCAGUAUUCUCAUGUUUUGUCAUUUUACAGCCACACGCGACGAUACCCCAUCGAAGAAUAUGAGGAUGAGCAUAUCUUUGGUGAUUUGGAUCGGCGAGUGCUUUCGAAUUUGUUUGAAGACGACCGGCCAAUCCAAAUGGGACAGCUGACAGGCACACAUAUUCAUCCGCUCAUCUGUGAGACUCCUGCGGCUUCCUCAGAACACUUUUAUCAAGCCGUCAAAUGUCAAGAGGAAGCUGAUGCAGAGUUUAUCUUGACUCAGCUCAAUUCACUGGAUGCUGCUAGAUUUGGUCAAUCCAGACUCUUGCUCACCAGCAGCCAAAAAGAAUGGUUGGUGGCCCGUGGGAUAAACGCAGACGACUUUCAACCACGAGGAAGCGGGUGGAUGCGAGGGAAAAAGGGACAGCUCCCCGCACGUAGGGAUUGGCGCCAAAUCAAGCAUUCAGUCAUGCUGCACAUUCUACGAGCGAAAUUUGGAGGCCAGGCCCUCGGUACCGCUGCUCGCCGAGCUGUUGAAGCCUUGAAAGUCGCCCCCCUUUUUGUCGAGCACACAACAAACGAUGCUGCCUGGGGCGACGGAGGGAGUGGAAACGGCACCAACUGGCUUGGGAAGUGUCUUACCCGAGUCUUCCUAGAGCUGAAAGGCCAGUUUCCGGUGGAUCCGCAAGCGAAUGAAACCAAUCUCUUCUCGCCUAACAAUCUACUGGUGAGAUACGUCCCGACUAGCGUUCCCAUCAAGAAUCGAACAUUGCCCACCGAUCAUCUCCCCUCUCCUGAUGUUUUGUUGAUUUUGGAUUUUGAAGCAACAUGUGACAAAGGCGGGAACCCCAAGCCACAAGAAAUCAUUGAAUGGCCAACUCUUGCGCUGUCUGUUGCCACUGGGAAAGUGGAGAAGGUUUUUCACCACUACGUGAAACCCACAAUCAAACCGGUUCUGUCGGAUUUCUGCACCGAGCUGACCGGGAUAACGCAGUCUCAAGUCGAUGCGGGUAAGCCUCUUAUCGACGUGAUGCAAAUGCACCUGCAGUGGUUGUCGGACAAUCGUCUGGUUCCAUUGUACGACGAGCAGGGAUCACCCACAAGCUGCACCGGUGAGGGACAAAGGACGUUUCUCUACACCAGCUGCGGCGAUUGGGAUCUCCGUACCGGCCUGGCGACGCAGCUUUCGCACCUGGGUGUUCCCGUCCCUUCAACAUUUAGCAAUUGGAUCAACGUCAAGAUAGCUUUCCAAAACGUAUACGCGUCAAAGAAACCAGGCGGCAUGGCAGAAAUGUUGAAGAGGUUGGGCCUGGAGUUGGAAGGGCAUCAUCAUUCCGGCAUUGAUGAUUGCCGCAACAUCGCCAUGAUUUGCCAAGCUCUGUUGAAGGACGAGUGGGUGCCAACGAGGACAUCGAUGCGGCGUUAGGGAUUGGUGCAGUCCAGGCCAUCGAUAAGUUUCAAAAGGAUUGCGAAAGCACACACAAGAAAUGAGGCUUCAUUUUGAACGCGGCUGCAACUGCUUUCUUGAUGUCAUCCUUCAGCUCAUUGAUGUCAGAAUCUUGAAGUUGCUUGUUGUUCGAAACCCCUUCAGGAGAAGCCACAUCAACUGGUUCUGAAUUCCACAAACUGUAAGCCCCAGCUAGAAGCCCCACCCCAGCAAGGAGAGCUACGAUGGACAGAAAAAGUUCAUCAAAAAAGGAGUGCUUGAAUGUGACCUCAAGCGCCGUUCCGGCCAAGAGCCAGUGGUAGAUGUUUGUGCCAAUCCUCCCCUUCAUAACCAAAGACAGGGCAAUGGCGGGAAUAGAAUAAAUGAUUAAACCAUCGCUGAAGGGUAUCUGGUGUUUUGUUGAAAAGAAUCCCAGCAAAGACAAGAAGAGGAACAGAAACUGAAAACAUGAAACCACGGGCCAUACGAUGUGUGAAGCUCGGACGGCUUGAUGUUCUUGUGACAUACUGUAGCAACUUGCUCGUUCCAAUCUCGCCUUGUCCUGAAUGGGGAAAAUAUGCCUCAAAAUAUCUGUCUUCCGGAAGGCCCUGAUGAAAACUCGCUCGCUGGCCCACUGGUCCAGGCACUGGAUCGCUUACCAUCUCUGCUUGGGGGAUGCUCUGCAAAAAUCAACCGUCGAUUGAAUGCAUUCAAGCAGAAUGUGCUCCAGCAGUCCAGGACAUUGGUCAAGUUCAAAAGGAUUGCAAAAGUACACACAAGAAAUGCAAGGGCUUCAGAAACCUUAAAGCUGAUAAGAAUAUCUGCUUGGCUUUGAUAAUAUGUCGUAGCUAGAAGGGAUGUCAAUUUAGGUUGCCUUCUCUGCUGGCUUGCUUCGGUC